AUGGAAAGAUCAUUGGUUUUUGCGAUUGGGUGUUGGGAAGUGGCGGCGGGGGUGGAGAAGCCGAGGGCGUUGGUGGCGAGGCGUUUUAGGGAGAAAGGGUGCGGGCUAACCAAUUUGUGUGAUCUGGCAGUGGACUGGGAGAGCGGGGAGCUAACCGAGGACGAGAGGGGCAGUUGGAGGUGA